CUGCCUAUGCCAAAAGAGCACGGUUAUGUUUGAACCAUGCCAAAACAGGUGUCAGACGUCACCGCAUGGGUUUAGGGUUUUGAGGCGUAUGUGUGAGCGUGUAGGGUCUAACGAGUAGUCACUGUGGAGCUUUCCGCCGGCGAAGAAGAUGGCAGAGAAAGAAGAAUUGGUUUAUGAAGAAGAAGAAGAAGAAGACGACGACGACGAAGGUCAGGACUGGGGGGAUUGGAAUGCCGAUGACGAGGAAGAGGAAGGGGGAGAUGAUUCGAUGUCUGAUUUAAUGCUCUGUUUGUUCUGCGAGUCCAAGUACAGUUCCUCCGGCGAGCUCUUUGAGCACUGCCGAUCUGUUCAUCACUUCGAAUUUCAUGCUAUCAGGAGAACUCUAGGCUUGGAUUUCUAUGCUUCCUUCAAGCUCAUCAACUACGUCAGGUCUCAGGUAGCAGAAAACAGAUGCUGGAGCUGUGAGUUUACCUGUUUGUCAAGGCAAGAUCUACAGAAUCAUUUACAUGAAGCGUCCAGUUCUGAAGUUGGUACCCUUCCUUGGAGUGAUGACAAAUAUCUAAGGCCUUUUAUACAAGAUGAUCCACUUUUAUACAGUUUUAGUGAUAAUUAUGAACCAGAAGAUGAGGAUACUGCUACAGUUGAUAAAAUUACUGAUCUGGUUACUUCUGAAAGUAUUCACAUUGCUGAUGCUAAUAGAAGCGAGGAGAUUGCCUCCACUUCUAGCAGUUGUUUGAGCAUGAUAAAUCCUUUGGAGGAGGCAAACAACAAUGGUGCCAUUGUAAAAGAAAAUGGUUGUUUGUGUGAUAGAAAGUUAAAAGAUGAGCAUUUGGGAGUUUCAUUUGCAAAAGUGGUUGCAAAUGAAAUUAAAAAAGUGAAUAAGAAUUAUUUUGGGUCAUACAGUUCAUUUGGGAUCCACAGGGAAAUGAUAAGCGAUAAGGUAAGAACGGAUGCUUAUAGACAGGCCCUCUUGAAUAACCCUUCUCUCCUUCAUGGUGCUGCUGUUCUGGAUGUCGGAUGUGGGACUGGCAUACUUAGUCUCUUUGCUGCCCAAGCAGGUGCUUCAAGUGUAAUUGCAGUUGAAGCCAGUGACAAGAUGGCUGCAGUUGCAACUGAGAUUGCAAAAGGUAAUGGCUUUUCAUGGGCUGGAAACCCAAAUAAUGGGACAAGUAGAUCCACUGGGGUAAUAAGGGUGGUCCAGGGAAUGGUUGAAGAGCUUGAUAAGUUGGAAUGUAUUCAACCUCAGAGUGUUGAUGUAUUAUUGAGUGAAUGGAUGGGCUAUUGCUUACUUUAUGAGUCAAUGCUGACUUCUGUGCUUCUUGCACGUGAUCGAUGGUUGAAGCCUGGAGGUGCUAUUCUGCCAGACACAGCUACCAUAUUCGUCGCUGGUUUUGGCCGGGGUGGUACCAGUAUUCCAUUUUGGGAAGAUGUUUAUGGUUUCAACAUGUCUUGUAUUGGCAAGGAACUUUUUGAAGAAGCUGCUCGAAUCCCAAUAGUUGAUGUUGUUGACAGUCAUGAUAUUGUAACCAAUUCUGUGGUUCUCCAGUCAUUUGAUUUGCUGAGGAUGACACACGAUGAAAUGGAUUUCACUUCAAGGAUUGAGUUGGAACCAUUGCCCGAUAAUAGCCCAACAAAUUCCUCUCCAGAUGCAACGAGUAAAACAACCUGGUGUUAUGGAGUUGUCCUGUGGUUUGAGACUGGCUUUACAAGUAGGUUUUGCAAAGAAAUGCCAAUUGUUCUGUCCACAUCCCCAUAUACUCCCAGAACACACUGGUCGCAAACAAUUCUGACCUUCCGGGAACCAAUUGCAAUGGCACUUGGAAAGCCUGAUGCUGACAGAUCCGCGGCUGUUGGUACUGCUGGCUGCCCUGCUUCAAAAAUCCUCUCCCGCAUCAGCAUUGCCCGUGCUUCUGAGCAUCGCAGCAUCGACAUCUCCUUGGAGAUUGCAGGACUCACCCUUGAUGGCCGAAAACACAGUUGGCCUGCCCAAAUUUUUAAUUUGUCAUAGCUAAGCUGCCAUUUUGCCGUAUAUUCUAUCACGGAAUAAGUGAAGUUGAUUGUGCAGCCAUGGUGUGACCGGUGGGCCUGUGUUGCCAAGAAGAGGUUUCAUUUUAUAUUAUUGGCAGGGAACUCAAAUGGAGCUGCCUUCAAUCAGAUUCAGAUAUGCAUACGUCACAAGUUGCUUGAAGGAACGCGGCAAUAGCAUUUGCACCUUGAGAUGGUUUUCAAGUGAUCUUGUUGCGAAGUUCAUGCUAGUUGAAUGGAAAAGUUUUUGUGUCGAUUCAGUCGAACCAUACAAAGAACGAUAUGUCAAGACUCUUUUGGUCACUGUUGGCAAGGUUUUGGAGAGAACAAUUCCGUGUUUGUAUGAACCUUAGCCGGACAAGGCUCAAAUGGUUUAUUAAAUAUUUCAGUAAAAAUUGUUUUACCUUUU